UAUAGCCGAAGUUCUGCGGCCUGCAUUGUAAAGUAUGAAGGAGGAUUGCGUAUGUAAUGCCCUACUCUAUUUGGUUUGUGAGCGCUUACUGUAGCUCUCGUAAUACGGAGGACGCAGCGAAAUAUUUUUUGUGCUACUGAGGAUAUGGUACUAACAUAACUGUAUACAUAAUUAUUUUAGUGGCAAUACAUUUCCCCUUUCUAAGCACGGUGUAGUUAUUCACAGCGUGGUAUUUCUAAGCUGCGAAGUCCUCAGAAUAAGACGUGGUCAGAGCGAUUCUACUUGCUUAGUGAAUGAAGCGUGGCAUACCUUGAUCAUACAGUAUACAGCAUAACAGUGUACGUUCAAGUGGAAGUAAGUGCAGAGUGAUUCACUUCCUUUAGCAAGUAUAGCCUCCCUCCACUACUUUAUUGCUCUGAUUGCAUUAACUGGUCACGAAUAAGCACUUGUUCAUUUUCAAAACUUCAUAAGGACACCAAAUGAGCAUGGUGCUAUACGUUGAUGCCGCUGAUGCCCCAGCGUAGUCUCGCGGGUCGCAGCAUCACCUCCUAAUAACGAGCCAUGGUCGAUUCAUGACGGCGGCACAACUCUUUCAAACCAUUUGAGCCAUUUCAAAUGGUAACCGGCGCGGACGAGUUGGACGAACAGAAGACGUGUACUGAACCUAAUUUCGAACGAACAAGCCCAAGCUUGCAUCUGGAUCAUUACCAACCUUGCGACGCCACACAGCAGGGCGUCGGUGGUUAUCGACCCCGCGACCUCCCUGCCCCGAGCCAUAGUUCCUGGGGUGGAUUCCUGGCGCACACGAUGACCGCGCUGGCGUUCCUCCAGCGCACGCGCCGUUCCCCAGAACGCGGCUGGCUGCUGACGCGCCAGCAGAGCCCGCACGUGAGGCUCAGCCGCGACAACGAGCUGUGCGUGCCGGCCGCCCAGCUCAGGGAGCCGUUCGCGUCGGGUUUCCCUUUCUUGGACCUUGCCACGUUGGGCACCAUGGCGGCGCAGCAAAUGCUUCAGGCGGUAGGGGAGCGUGGCAGCCACGUGGACGAGACAGGCACAGCGCGUGAGUGGUGGACUCCCAAGACACGUCAACAGAUGUGGCAGUACGUGCUGUGCCUCCGGCAGGUGUACCUGUCCGGCAGCGCCGGUGGCCUGGAGUUCUCGGACGCAGACGUGUGGGACCAGCUAGGAAGCGCCAUACUCGGCCUGCAGACGGCGUUCGAGCUUGCGACAUUCAACCGCCCUUCGACAGCCGACUCCAGCGGGCCGGGACGCCACGAUGCACCGUCUGUGAUGUCGCAGCAGGGCCCGCUAUCGAUGCGGCAGCGCUUCUUUGUACGGUUCUGCCGGGGAUUCUGCGAGCUUUACGUGAACGGAUCUGGCCGGAUGCCGGGGCGCUGGAUUUGCAAUGCGGCAGCUAAGCACGUUCCGGCAUUCGCGGAAUCCUUUGGCUGCCCAGACGACUCGCCCAUGGUGCCUAAGGAGACAUGCGACGGAUUUUAGGGCGACGUUAAUGGGGGACGAGCCGGAUUUUCAUGGCAGCAUCAAAUAAGUCUGCAAGCAAGUUUACAAGGCUCUUCGUGGGACGCUUUGAAUGCAAUACCGAAGACCAUGUGUGCCGUUCGUUACAAACGCGGGUCUCGCUUCCAUGUGCGCAUGGACGCUGACACGACGCUCUUCUGCAUUGUUAAAUCCGCAAAAUAGCUAUUAUACUGAAUCCGGAAGAUGGUUGCUGCUUUACGUGAAUCUUUCAGGAAGUACCACCGUGGUGAGAGAGGGCAUUUCAUAAACUGCAGAGCAAUAAUUUGCUGACCGUUCACGUCGUAAGUGUUGUGGAGCCCACCUCAACUUCGCCGAUUUUAUUGCGAAGGAAAAAAAAACGCACACUUUAUAAGAAGGCAUAAACGAUUCUUCCGGUUUGCUUCGUAUGAUUUAUUUCUUCAGUAGCUGUUCAAGUCAUGUUCGACUGCCUUCGGUGUUUGGUUUGCCGUCUAGAGCCUGAAACUAUAACCAACAGAGGUCACUGACGUGGCGUUUCACUCCAACAGCAGCAGCGGUGUUAAGCUUAGAGGCUUGCAUUCAUGCACAUAGUAAACAAGAAAGGGAGCUACGUUAAGGGGACUGAAAAUGUUUACGGACAGCGCCUUGCCAAAGUCUUUAAAAUACAUGAAAGGAAGCGUUGAGGAACACUCAGCUGAAAGCUGCGAAACGUAUACACUCGAGCCCCUCAAGGAACGAAAAGUAAUUAUGCGAGUGAAGUGAAAUGAAGUUUAUUCUUCUUUUCAAGGAAAAGAAGGGACCGGGACAAAAGGCGGUAAGGCCUGACGAGGCCCCGGUACCCAUGCAGUUGGCAGUAAUAAUAUAAAGGCAAGAAAACGUACAUAGAAGGUGCGACAAAUGUGUGAAAACAACGCUACAAUGCGCACAGUGAAACCUUAUUAGGGAAAAAGACAAACAUGUGCAAGCACGCAAAGUCGUACACGUACAAAUACAAUCCAUACAUGACUGGUGAAUUACGACAUGAAAAAUGCGACUACGGUACUUGUCCGCAACAAAGAUAGAGAGAAACAUGUGUAUAAACAAACGGUAGAUUACAUUAUUUUAUAUUUGGAUUUCGCCUUCAAUCAAACGUCGUUUCGUGUUUUUCUUGACCACAUUUUCAGAUAAAAAGAAAUCAUCAAUAAAGGGAAAUUUGUUGAGGGUGUUGGGUACUUGAAAAUUCAGCUUUUGUCUACCAUAAUGCGUGCGCGUUCGCGGAACUCGUAGUUUUACCUCAUGAAGGUUGUAACUUAUUGUACUGUCAGUAACAGAGUGCAAACGGUUUCGAUGAAUGUAUUGCAACAGCCGUAGAUAAUACACUUGGUCAGCAUGUAGUAUGCGAUGCCCAACAAACAAGGGUUGUGUACGUAAUUCUUGUGGUGCACCGUAAUAGCCCUCAAUAGCACCCAAGGCUAUUUUUUGUAGCAGUAGUAGUUUAUGGUAAUUUGAAGACGUAAUUGUACCCCAUGCAAGAUUACAAUAUGACAUAUUUGAGAAAAACAGUGCGUUAUACAUUGACACCUUUAACCAAACAGGCAAGAGUGCAG